AUGGACAUAAUUUGUUGCCUGCUGGUUAUAGUUUUGUUGAGUACUGAGGCGAAUGAAGUUUCUUCAAACUGUUUGCUCGGAUGCAGCUGUGUAGAAGACCGCCAUGGAAGGUCACUUAUUUGUAUGGAGGAGAGCGUGUUUGGUUCCAUACCAGAGAACCUUCCUCAUGAUAUGACCAAAAUACGCAUAGAAAAAUCUCACUUCACUGAAAUACCCCGAGGGGCGUUUUCCAAAACUCCUGCCUUGGAAAACCUGUGGCUGAACUUCAAUGAUAUCACAGUGAUAAACUCAAAGGGCCUGGAGGGUUUGGGGAAUCUGACCGAGCUCCGCUUACAAGGGAACAAGCUCCGUUCAGUACCAUGGACAGCGUUCGAGGACACGCCGGCGCUCCAGAUCCUGGACCUGAAGCACAACCAGCUGGACGUCCUGCCGGAGCACGCCUUAAAAUUUUUGCCAGGUCUGACUUACUUAGACUUAUCCUUCAAUCGGCUUACGGUGAUAUCGAAGGAGGUCUUCCAAAACUGGCCUCUCUACCAAAAACUACAGAGCGCGGAGGAGCGGGAUGCGACCGCGUUUGGGUCCAACGUGGUCCUGGCGCUCCACGACAACGCGUGGCUCUGCGACUGCCGCCUGAAGGGCUUCGUGGAGUUUAUCAGGUCCCUCAGCCCCCCGAUUAUUCUGAUGAACUCCUACUUGACCUGCUCAGGGCCGGACUUUAGAGCGGGGAAGUUCUUUCAUGAGGUCGAGCUGCGGGCGUGCAUGAAGCCCGCGGUCAGCGCGCCGUCCGCGAACGUCAGCCUGGCGCAGGGCGCGAACCUCACCCUGCUGUGCGUCGCCAAGGCCAGGCCAGACCCUGCAGUGUGGUGGACAUAUGGUCUGAAGAUAAUCAGAGGAUUUCAUGAAUCCACAGAGAGGGUGGAUGACGAUACUCUCAGAUCCCUGCUGGUCAUCCCCUCCCUUCACGCUGCAGAUCGCGGCAUCUACACCUGCACUGCAGUCAAUUUCAUGGGAAACUCUUCCAUCGACGUCCUUGUUGACGUCCACUCUGCAGACAGCUCCCAGUCGUCUCUCCUCCCCGCGCCUCCAGGCGCCGGCGAUGAAAACGUCUACAUUGACAUCCGUAUCGUCAAACAGACGGUACGAGGAAUCUCCAUUGAGUGGUUUGCAGCCCUGGAGCGUCCCUCUGAAACCUGGUUCACCAUCCACUUUGGCCGUGCUGAUGCCGAUAAGAAAGAGACGAUCUACAUCGGCCCGGGGAUUCACACCUACUCCAUUUCUGAUCUGAUGCCCGCAACCAAAUACGAGAUCUGUGUCACCCUGAAGAACCAGGCGCCUCGUGCAGGCCAGUGCAUCGUGUUCGUGACGGGCAGUGACAUUACAGAGAUGGAGCAGAGGGAGAAGCUCAUUCACAUCGUGGUGAUCGUGCUAGCCAUGGUGCUGGCGGUGCCUAUCGGCAUGUAUGCCUGCACCACCGACACGAAGUUCGCCUGCCUGGAGGGCGUCCUGCAGUCCUGGAAGAACCGGCGGAGAGAAAACCGCUCACCAAUGAUUGAGCGGGAGAGGCAGGGCACCUUUGACAGCCUGCAGGCCGCCAGCGAUGAGGGCCUGGUUAAUAAAGACUCCAGUGAAGACAGGAAGGUGAGGAGGAGGUCAGAUGACAGACUGCAUAAGUUCAAAGCCGACCACAGCAGACCCACAGCUGAACUAUAUUAA